GGGGACGACGGCGAUACCGGGCGGCCACACAUUAUUAUGAAUCCCUCUCACCACCACCACCACCACUUCCACCGACACAUCCCCUCAGGAGUGAUGGGUUCUAAGUUGACCAGACAGAGAAGUCUCGAUUUGGAGAGCAAAUUGUCCAAGAGAAGGCGGCAGAGAAAUGAGCUCCCGGGGGAAAGCGAGAGAAGUGUCGGCAGAGGCGGCGGAGACUUGUUGUUUACCUCCUUGAUGCUCAAGUCCGACAAGCUCCCAGGGAUGCUGCGGAAAAACAACCACAGCCCUUAUGUCAGACGUGUGGCGUGGAUCCGGGAAAUCCAGAGGCUUCUCCGGGAGCAGAAGAUGGAGCAGGCGGCGGAAGUGCUCAAACUGCUGAGGAAGGACUUGGGCCUCCAGGGGACGUCGCUCAAUGACAUUUUGUACAAGAACGCAGCCUUUCUCAACCUGGUGGACCCCAUUUCUCAUGAGCUGCUGCUGAGUCUGGCCCGGGACCUGCAGUGUCCAAAGAGGGAGACUGACUCCUUCAAGUCCACCAACAAGAUCUGCCGGCAACUGAUUUACCACCUGACCCCUCACUCCAAGUGGACGAGACAGAGCGUGCCCAGGAGGAAGUCUCAGGCCUGUCUGAAGACCACCCUGAAGAAGAAACUGUCAGGUGAUGUGGUCAACCUGUCUGGCAUCCCGCUGUCUGGCCGAGACGUCCACCGUGUGGCCUUCUACCUCCAGAGCAGCAGUGACGCGGUGUCGGCUGUGGACCUGAGCUUCACCGAGCUGCAGGACGAGAGCUUACGGCUGCUGCUGCCUCACCUCAGCUGCCUGCCGAAGCUCACCAUACUAGCUGUCAACGGCAACCGUCUGACAGUGGCCGUCCUGAAAGACCUGACAGACACAGUGAAGGAUCCUAAUAAGUUCCCCAGCCUGGCCUGGAUCGACCUGGGCAACAAUGUCGAUAUCUUCACCGUGCCGCAGCCACUGCUCGUGGCCCUGCGGCGGCGCUUUGGCUUACGCAGCAGCCUCCCCACCAUUUAUGAGUCCGGUGAGGCGCAGGCAUUUGGUAGCUACAACCCAAACAUGGAAACCUCUGUGGAAGAGCCCAGUCUGUACGAGGAGGGGGAUGUGGAGGAUGACGAUAGAGAGGAGGAGGAGGACAGGCUGGAGCUUCAAGCCUGGGGCUUUGGAGAAGAAAAUGUGUCAAAAAAUGUGCCGCUGCACUUCUGUGGGAGGUGAUCGCCCAGAGCUGCUUUCCCUGGCAGCCCCUUAUAUCCCUCUGUAUCACUUCACCCUAAGUCUAGCCUCAUGUGUUAGCAGGUGUCAUUGUGGCAGAAGAUGCUUACACUGACCCACAUGUUUCUGAAAACAACUUUAAAAAUAACUAACUGUGUUGUGUUUCCCUCUGGAUGCUCUGACUGCUGAAACCCAGCAGUGUGACGCAGACAUUUCUGUGUUUGUACAGACAGUGAGAAUAUAUUUAUAUGGAUUGAUUUCACCAUCAUUUGUCCGGGAGAAGUUGAACUGAGCUGAACACGCUUGCUGUUUUUCACUGCUUUAUGUUCCUAAAGUUUUGUGCUCUCACACUUUGAAGCUUCCAAUUAUCUGUCACUAUCCACUGGAGCAGCUGGGGGUUAAGUGCCUUGCACAAGGGCACCUCAGCAGUAGCUGUUGAGGACAGGGGAGCGUUACUAAUUCACAUUCCCUAGGCAAAUAUUUAUAUCUGGUCCGGCCUCUCUAACAACUUCGCCCCUGCUGCCCUGUGUCUGUGAGAAGUCGGAAUAAAUCAAAGUAACUAAAUACCCUGCUUAAGAAAUCGAUCAGUUUAAUUUCAGCUGAUGUUUGGUUUUUUUUUUUUUGCUAUGAUAUAAAUAUUUUUAGUCAGAACUCAGCUGCAGUGAGAUUAUGUUCACAUAAAAUAUGCUUCCACUUUCUCCUGUUGGGCCACAGCAUUUAUUCAGGAACUAUUUUCAAAAUAAAUGGUGACUUAGGGUAAGUAAAUGAAGCAUGCUAAGUCCCAUUUUAAUUUAAAUUUCAAGCGCUGAUGCUUCAGUACAUGCUGAGAUACCGAUGCUGCAGCUGUACUGAGGACGGCCUCCGCCUGGUACACACAUGCAGACAUGCAGACGACGCACACAGUGUUUGGGGCGUGAGCCGCUGAUGAACUGAUUACUGCCUCUAUCGGGUCUCGUUAGGCCCCUUCAGUCACAGAUGGUGAGCAGGGGAUCUAUUUUUUUCCCAGUAAAUAGGACUAGCCCCAGAUAAUUUCGUCCACUGGUGUUUCAUGAGUGAUUCUAUUUAUGAAUCAGACCGUAAGCAAAGAGAGGGAUGCCCACUCUGUUUUUAAAGGCAGACACAGAAUCGAAAACGAAACCAUUGCGAACAGCUCUGCUUUUAUCUUCUCUUCCCUCUGUGGUGCUACAGUCUGCACAUAAAUCUUUGUGGUGGCAUGAAUAAACUGCAAGUUUCUUUUUGACUAGUCUUUUUAUUUCACAUGUAGUUGUCAUCUUUUUGUAUUUGUGUUUUUUUUUAAAAACGGGCUUGACUGUUUACUGUAGUGCAGCAUCAGACCCCACAGACAGACAGAGGGGAGAGAGUUCAUGUGUCCAUUAAUAUCCCAAUAAAUUUGAGAUAAAAAAUUGCUGCAUGUUAACACAACCCCCCAAGAGCCCACACUUCAUCCUGCCUACAGAAGUUAAUGUGAUCUGUUCAUUUUUUUUCCCAUGCUAUUAUUCAGGAAACAGUUAUUUGUGUUUUGCAGGGAUAUUAAUGAACAGGAUGCUUGCUGUACGUGUGUGUGUUUGCGUGUGUGUGUCUAUGAGAGCAUAAUUAGGGUGUGCGCCUGUGUGUGUGAGCGUGUUCUGCUGGACAUGCUGGGUAAAUUACUACCUUUGAUCAUAGAAAUGAAAUGUUUACUCAUUUGCACUUUAAGGACGACUCCGUCCCUGAAUACACAUAUGGGUUGUUGUUGACAUAGAGUCGCUCACAUCCUAAAGUAAAUGUUUUCGCUCUUUUAUCUCUUAUCGCUUUUGGAUUUGACAGAUAAAUCGUCAACCUUCAUACGAAUCACUGCCAUGAUAAAAUCGUUUGUAAAUUAAUUUGAUUUUGUCCUCAUGGCUCGCUUUUAAAGUAAAAGUGAUGUUUGCCUGCUGUUGCUUCAAAAAUAAACAUGAGUUGAAUCCGGA